GGAGGAUUUUACACAACUGACCUCAGACCUUGAGAACAACCAGCGAGAGUAACCAUGCCAAGGUCAUUUUUGGUGAAGAGCAAACGGGCACAUAGUUACCAUCAACCCAGAUACCUGGACGACGAAUAUAUCAAAUUGGAUACUAUUUUAGCUCAUGUAUGCGCAGAGACCCAAGCUCAGGUUGAGUUCGCAGAGAACUUAGAGCCGGAUACCCAUAACCAUGACAGGCUGUCCCCCGAGUCCAGGCUGGUGCGCACGGCUGACCUUUCCUGCACCUCCCCGUUGAACUGCGAGGGCAGCGUGUGCGACCGCGCAGCAGAUUACUACUGGUGUUCCCCGUGUUCCCCUUCAUCGCCUGAUUCGGAGAAAUGUUUCACUCCGUCAACAGACGAUGCUCAUCAUUUCACUGUCCCCUAUCGCCCUUACGCAUGGACCUGUUCAGGCUCCGAGCUCAGGCACCUCAUUCAACGAACAUAUCAACAUCUGCCAAAUAACAUGGAACCUGUUCCUAUUGGCAUCUAUGGGCCAGAGGACAGAACCAAACCCUCCAUUUACUCCCAGCGGGGCCACACGACAGGAUUUUACCGAGACUAUUCCUCUACAGGACUCCCUAUCCACAUGCGGGACACUGCCGAGUUAUAUUCAGAUCUCAAGCAGAGGACCACAGUCGCAGAGGUCAAGUCUGAGUCGGAUCUCAAUUGUUCCAGUAUGGAGUCAAGCAGAUCAUACAAGUGCAUGAAGUGUUGCAAGGUAUUCUCCACUCCGCACGGUUUAGAGGUCCACGUGCGUCGAUCUCAUAGCGGCACACGACCCUUUGCAUGCGAGAUUUGUGGAAAAACUUUUGGGCACGCAGUGAGCCUAGAGCAACACAGAGCCGUACACUCACAGGAGAGAUGUUUCAAUUGCAAGAUCUGUGGCAAAAGCUUCAAGAGAUCGUCUACAUUGUCAACACACCUGCUUAUACACUCAGACACACGGCCUUACCCCUGCCAGUAUUGUGGGAAAAGAUUCCAUCAGAAGUCAGACAUGAAAAAACAUACAUUCAUCCAUACAGGCGAAAAGCCGCACAAGUGCCAGGUGUGUGGAAAGGCCUUCAGUCAAAGCUCCAACCUCAUCACGCACAGCCGCAAGCACACGGGGUUCAAACCCUUUGGGUGCGACCUAUGUGGUAAAGGAUUUCAGCGCAAAGUGGACCUGAGAAGACACAAGGAAACACAACAUGGACUGAAAUAGCUGAAAUAUAUACAUCUUAAACGGCUACAAACUUAACCAAAUAUUAGCUUAUAUGUAUGCCUACUGUUAGUAAAGUAAUUUUAUUUUAACCUCUAAAUGCAGUUCUUUCUUGACAUUGUAUUGUAAUUGGAUUCGUUGGUUUCGUUUUCAAAAUAUAUAGGUUUUCUCAAGACGUAAAUAUGUUUAUUUCCCCAAGUUUUUGUAAUAUAUUUUUGAUAUCGUUCAGGUCAUGGUAGUAGGCGAACUGUCAAGUGACCAUCUGGCUUUGCCCCAAAAAUAUUUAAAGUUUUGAAAUUUGAAUGUCAAAUAAUUGUGUUUUAUGUUUGGGGAACGGUAAUCAUUUAUUAACUCCUACAGAACAUUACUUACGCAUAUCCUUUUCUUAUAUUGCUAUAGUCCUGGUUUUUAUUAUCAUUAACCCAUUCGUUUUUUUUAUGGCAAAAACCCCCCCAGAAAAUGUCUUAACAAGAAAUGAGCCAUAUCGAUUGCUUCAUAACCGUGGUCAAAUCAACAUAUACAUUUGUUGAAAGUA